CUGGGGAAUGUCCCUCGCUACAGCAGCUUCAGAUACAACACAACAGAUAAGAAAAUACACAUUAAUAAAAAAAUAGAAUAGAAAAAUCCAAGAUAUAAUGAAAAUAGAAUUAGACAAUAAGAGUUAAAUAUACAGCUUUUUAUACAAAUGUGAUUGAUAUGGAAUAUUGCCCAGGUUACAGCAGGAGGUAGUGGCAUAGUAUUAAAAUAAAUAAUUGGGCAGAGGACAAAAGAUGUAUACACGGCAGUAUAGAUUAGUGGAAGAAAUAGGCUAUAGACAGGGCUAUGAAUAUACAGUACACUCUAAUUCUAGUAAUGUGCAUGUAGGGAAGUAUUUAAAUAUAUGUAUGUGAAAUUGUACAGUACAAGUAGUGCAAAUAGUAUAUUAAGUAGUGCAGAAAGUGACUGUGAUUAUUGUUGAAAGAUGUUACAGAGACAGAGUGCUACAUUAUGUGGUUGUUGAUUUAAAGCUGUUGGGAUGAAGGACCUGCGGUAGCACUCCUUGCCCUGAGUGUGCAGUAGUCUGUUGCUGAAGGAGCUGCUCAGGGACCCCACUGUCUCAUGCAGGGGGUGAGAGGUGUUGUCCAUGAUUGACGUCAGCUUGGCUAACAUCCUCCUCUCACCCACCUCUGUGGAGUCUAGAGGGCAGUCCAGGACAGAACUAGCCCUCCUGACCAGGUUGUUCGAGUCCUUUCCCUCUCUGUUCUUCCAGCUCUCCAACACACUACUGCAUAGAGAAUUGUAGAUGCCACAGAAACACUUUAUUAGUGCACACACCAAAGAACCUCCUCAGCAGGUGAACUUUUGCCCUUCUUGUACAGGACAUAUGUUGUUUUUUUAUGUUAAGAUACUGUAUAUACUUAUCAGGAAUUGUGUCAACAAUUUUAACUUCAGUCCGAAAUUUCACUGUUGGGGCUUCAAAACGCCCAUAGUUGCAGAAACACCCACAAAUAGUUUAAUUUACUCGUUGUUCAUGGCGGGAAUGAGCUUCCAUAUAAAACCGGCCAACAAACUGCUCGCGCGCACAUACACACCCGCUCACACCUGUGCAGCUCCUCCCUCGGCGAGCGCGCGCCAUCCAAUGAGAGACGAGUUCUAACUGUGCGUUGGCUUUUGCCGUCUCAAAUACGGAUACAUACACACAAAUACACACCCAGUCUGUUCUCCACACGCAGAGACGACACGAGCAUCUCCGCGUGAAAGCUAACCAUGUCUGAAGGAGGAGAAGGCGAGGAUGAAAUCCAGUUCCUGCGAACUGAUGAUGAGGUGGUCCUGCAGUGCUCAGCCACAAUCCAUAAGGAGCAACAGAAACUCUGUCUCGCUGCUGAAGGAUUUGGAAACAGACUCUGCUUCCUUGAAUCCAUCUCCAACUCCAAGAAUGUGCCUCCAGAUCUGUCCAUCUGCACUUUUGUGUUGGAGCAGUCGUUGUCGGUACGAGCCCUUCAGGAGAUGCUGGCCAACACCGAGGAGAAGGCUGAGGGGCAUGUAGAUGUGGAAAUAUGGACUUCCCAGGGUGGCGGUCAUCGCACCUUACUGUAUGGACACGCUGUCCUACUGCGACACUCGUAUAGUGGAAUGUACCUGUGCUGUCUGUCCACCUCCCGCUCAUCCACAGACAAACUGGCUUUUGAUGUUGGACUGCAAGAAGAUACCACAGGCGAGGCGUGCUGGUGGACCAUCCAUCCAGCAUCAAAGCAACGGUCAGAGGGAGAGAAGGUUAGGGUUGGGGAUGAUCUCAUCCUGGUCAGCGUCUCCUCUGAAAGAUAUCUGCAUCUGUCCUAUGGUAAUGGAAGUCUCCAUGUAGAUGCAGCCUUCCAGCAGACACUGUGGAGUGUGGCUCCAAUCUGUUCUGGCAGUGAAGUAGCACAAGGUUUCCUGAUAGGAGGGGACGUUUUGCGGCUCCUUCACGGUCACAUGGAUGAGUGUCUAACUGUUCCAUCUGGGGAGCAUGGAGACGAGCAGAGAAGGACAGUGCACUAUGAGGGAGGAGCAGUGUCCAGUCAUGCCAGGUCCCUGUGGAGGCUGGAGACACUGCGGGUCUUAUGGAGUGGGAGUCAUAUCCGCUGGGGACAACCAUUCAGACUGAGACAUGUGACCACAGGGAAGUAUCUGAGUUUGAUAGAAGACAAAUCUCUGCUGCUGAUGGAAAAAGAGAAAGCUGAUGUCAAGUCUACUGCCUUCUGCUUCAGGUCUUCCAAGGAAAAGUUGGACCCUGGUGUGAAGAAGGAGGUGGAUGGGAUGGGUGUUCCUGACAUUAAGUAUGGUGACUCUGUGUGUUACAUCCAACAUGUUGACACCUGCCUGUGGCUCACCUACCAGACUGUUGAUGCCAAGUGUGCACGCAUGGGUGGAGUACAGAGAAAGGCCAUCAUGCACCAUGAGGGUCACAUGGAUGAUGGGCUGACGCUGUCUCGGUCACAAAAUGAGGAGAGUCGCACAGCCAGAGUCAUCCGCAGUACUGUCUUUUUGUUCAACUUGUUCAUCAGGGGCCUAGACACACUAAGGAAAAAGGGGAAGAGCUCCAUUCUAGAUCUACCAAUAGAUUCGGUCAGUUUGAGUCUGCAGGAUCUGAUUGGCUACUUCCAACCACCUGGAGACCACCUGGAACAUGAAGACAAGCAGAACCGACUGAGAGCUCUAAAGAACCGGCAGAACCUCUUUCAGGAAGAGGGGAUGAUCAGCCUGGUAUUGGAGUGUAUUGAUCAUCUUCACGUCUACAGCAGUGCAGCUCAUUUUGCUGAGGCAGUAGGAAGGGAGGCAGGAGAGGCCUGGAGCUCCAUCCUCAACUCUCUCUACCAACUACUGGCGGCACUAAUCAGAGGAAACAGGAAGAACUGUGCUCAGUUUUCUGGUUCCUUGGACUGGCUGAUUAGCAGACUAGAGAGACUGGAGGCCUCAUCUGGAAUACUAGAGGUGCUUCACUGUGUGCUCGUGGAGAGUCCUGAGGCACUAAAUAUAAUCAAAGAGGGACACAUCAAAUCCAUUAUAUCUUUGCUGGACAAGCAUGGACGCAACCACAAGGUUCUAGAUGUGUUGUGUUCGCUGUGUGUGUGUCAUGGCGUGGCAGUUCGCUCCAACCAGCACCUGAUCUGCGACAACCUGCUGCCAGGAAGAGACUUGUUACUGCAGACCUGCCUGAUCAACCACGUAAGCAGUAUGCGUCCCAACAUCUUCCUGGGAGUCAGUGACGGCUCUGCUCAGUACAGGAAGUGGUACUACGAGCUGAUUGUGGAUCAGGCAGUGCCGUUCAUCACAGCAGAGGCUACUCACCUCAGGGUGGGCUGGGCCAACACCAGUGGCUAUGCACCCUACCCAAGUGGGGGGGAGGGGUGGGGAGGCAAUGGGGUGGGUGAUGACCUCUACUCAUAUGGCUUUGAUGGACUCCAUCUCUGGUCAGGAUGUAUUGCGCGGACUGUUAACUCACCCAAUCAGCAUCUUCUGAGAGCAGAGGAUGUGGUGAGCUGCUGCCUGGACCUCAGCGUGCCCAGUAUCUCCUUCAGGAUCAACGGCCAGCCAGUUCAGGGCAUGUUUGAAAACUUCAACUCCGAUGGCCUCUUCUUCCCUGUGGCCAGCUUCUCUGCUGGAGUCAAGGUGCGUUUCCUUCUCGGGGGGCGUCAUGGGGAGUUUAAGUUCCUCCCUCCUCCAGGCUACGCCCCUUGUUAUGAGGCGGUGUUGCCCAGGGAGAAGCUGAAGCUGGAGCCUAGUCAGGACCAGACUGCAGCCAGAGACCUACUGGGACCUACCAUCACCCUGAGCCAGGCAGCAUUCACCCCGACACCUGUGGACACCAGCCAGAUUAUGCUGCCACCUCACUUGGAGAGGAUCAGGGAGAAGCUUGCCGAAAACAUUCAUGAACUGUGGGUGAUGAACAAGAUAGAACUUGGCUGGACCUACGGAGCAGUGCGAGAUGAUAACAAGCGGCAACACCCCUGUCUGGUGGAGUUCUCCAAGCUUCCUGAACAAGAGCGAAGCUACAACUUACAGAUGUCUCUAGAGACUCUCAAAACUCUCCUGGCCUUAGGUUGCCAUGUUGGCCUAGCAGAUGAACAUGCUGUAGAGAAAGUCAAGAGUAUGAAACUGUCACCAACCUAUGAGUUGUCCAGUGGCUAUAAACCUGCUCCGUUGGACCUCAGUCACAUCAAACUGACAUCCACCCAGGAAGCCAUGGUGGACAAACUGGCUGAGAAUGCACACAACGUCUGGGCAAGAGACCGCAUCCGCCAGGGCUGGACCUAUGGCAUCCAACAGGAUGUGAAGAAUCGAAGAAAUCCUCGCCUGGUCCCCUACAUUCUUCUGGAUGAGAGAACCAAGAAGUCCAACAAGGAUAGUCUCAGGGAGGCUGUCAGGACUCUGCUAGGAUAUGGAUACAACCUGGAAGCUCCUGACCAGGACCAUGCAGCUCAGUCUGACCUCAGCAACCUGUCCGAUGAGAGAUUCCGUAUUUUCAGAGCAGAGAAAACCUACUGUGUUAAUGCAGGGAAGUGGUACUUUGAGCUAGAGGUAUUAACAGCAGGAGAGAUGAGGGUGGGCUGGGCCAGGCCUGGAUGCCUCCCAGACCAGGAGCUGGGAUCUGAUGAGCAGGCUUUUGUCUUCGAUGGUUUCAAGGUCCAGCGCUGGCACCAGGGUAAUGAGCACUUUGGGCGUGCCUGGCAGACAGGGGACGUCAUUGGCUGCAUGGUGGAUCUGAAUGAACACACCAUGAUGUUCACACUUAAUGGAGAAGUUCUGCUGGAUGACUCUGGAUCUGAGCUGGCUUUCAAGGACUUUGAAGUUGGUGGAGGUUUUAUACCAGUGUGCAGUCUAGGUGUGUGUCAGGUGGGGAGGAUGAACUUUGGUAAAGACGUUAGCACUCUAAAGUACUUCACCAUCUGCGGCCUGCAGGAAGGAUACGAACCAUUCGCUGUCAACAUGAACCGGGAUGUCACUAUGUGGCUCAGCAAAAGGCUACCUCAGUUUGUACCUGUCCCCACCAACCACCAACACAUAGAGGUGACAAGGAUAGAUGGGACAGUGGAGUCAUGUCCAUGCCUAAGGGUCACCCAGAGGUCAUUUGGCUCACAGAACAGUUAUACUGACAUUACCUUCUACAGACUGAGCAUGCCCAUAGAGUGUGCAGAAUCCUUCUCAAGAUCCCUACUUAAUGAAAGCCUCUUCUCCCCAAAGAGGGAGCUGGAGGACUUUGAAACUGUGUCCGACUUUGAAGUGCUAAUGAAGUCUUCUCAUGGUCACAAUGGUCCUAAUGGACCUGAGAGGGAUGAAUUCAACAACCACAAAGACUAUAACCAGGAGAAGCCCUCAAAGCUCAAGCAACGGUUCAUGUUAAAGAGAAACAAGCCAGACAACAGCUGUCCAUCAUCUGCUCGUCUGUCAGAGGAGGUGAUGGCUGAUGACAGAGAUGAAUACGAAUUCCUCAUGCAGGCCUCUACUCACUACUACGCGGUGCGGAUCUUUCCUGGUCAGGAACCCAGCAGUGUUUGGGUGGGCUGGGUAACCUCUGACUUCCAUCAGUUUGACCCAGGCUUCGACCUGCACAAUGUCCGAACAGUCACUGUUACCCUGGGAGACGAGAAGGGCAAAGUUCAUGAGAGUAUAAAGCGAAGUAACUGUUACAUGGUGUGGGCUGGAGAGAGCAGCAGUCCUGGUCAGGGGAGGAACAACAACGGCUUAGAAAUUGGCUGUCUGGUUGACACAACAAAUGGACUGCUGACCUUCACAGCCAACGGCAAAGAACUCAGCACAUACUACCAGGUGGAGCCUAGUACAAAGCUUUUCCCAGCAGUGUUUGCCAAGGCCACCAGCCCCAAUGUCUUCCAGUUCGAACUGGGGCGUAUUAAGAAUAUAAUGCCUCUGUCAGCUGGUCUGUUUAAAAGUGAGAGGAAGAACCCAGUUCCACAGUGUCCUCCACGGCUACAUGUCCAGUUCCUCACUCCUGUAUUAUGGAGUCGUGUUCCCAACCACUUCCUCAAGGUGUCAGCAUCCAGAGUGAAUGACAGACAUGGCUGGUUGGUCCAGUGUAACGAACCUCUCCAGUUUAUGUCUCUGCACAUACCUGAGGAGAACAGGUCGGUGGAUAUCCUUGAGCUGUCCGAGCAGAGGGACUUAUUAAAGUUUCACUACCAUACACUCAGACUUUACUCUGCAAUCUGUGCUCUGGGAAACAACCGGGUGGCACAUGCCCUGUGCUCCCACGUAGACGAGUCACAGCUCCUGCAGGCUAUAGAGAAUAAGUACAUGCCAGGUUUGCUUCGUGCAGGCUACUAUGACCUCCUCAUUGACAUACACCUGAGAAGCUAUGCCACAGCUCGCCUCAUGAUGAACAAUGAGUACAUCGUUCCCAUGACAAACGAAACCAAGAGCAUCACCCUGUUUCCAGAUGAGAAGAAGAAGCAUGGCCUGCCAGGCAUUGGCCUCAGCACCUCCCUGAGACCCAGAAUGCAUUUCUCAUCCCCGAGUUUUGUCUGUGGGAGUGGACAAUCGUAUCGUAACAGCAACAAUGGCUCAGGUUCAGGAGACUGUUUCCAGUACAGCCCUGAAUUCCCCUUGGAUAUACUGAAAAUUAAAACCAUCGAGAUGCUUACAGAGGCAGUGCGGGAGGGAAGCUUGCAUGUGCGGGACCCAGUAGGAGGCAGCACUGAGUUUCUCUUUGUCCCACUCAUCAAGCUGUUCUACACCAUGCUCAUUAUGGGAGUUUUCCAAAAUGGAGAUCUGAAGAACAUCCUCAGACUGAUUGAACCGUCUGUGUUCUCCGAAAGACGAGAGGGGCAGGAGGACAUGCAAAUAGAGCUGGAGGUGGUGAAGGAGUUGGAGACUGAAGGAAAAGGAGAGGAUGGAGGGAGAAAUAUGCCUAAAGAAGGACUGUUGCAGAUGAAGCUACCGGAGCCUGUAAAACUCCAGAUGUGCCAUGUGCUACAGUACCUGUGUGACUGCCAGGUGCGUCAUCGUAUCGAGGCAGUGGUAGCAUUCUCUGAUGACUUUGUGGCUUGUCUCCAAGAGAACCAGCGAUUCCGCUACAAUGAGGUGAUGCUAGCCCUUAACAUGUCUGCUGCCCUCACUGCCAAGAAGACCAAAGAGUUCCGAUCUCCUCCACAGGAACAGAUCAACAUGCUGCUGAACUUUAAGGAUGAGAAGCAGGAGUGUCCGUGUCCUGAAUACAUUCGAGAACAGCUGCUUGACUUCCAUGAGGAUCUGAUGAGACACUGUGGUAUAGAGUUGGAUGAGGAGAGAGGCAUAGACGGUGACAGUGACUUCACCAUCCGAGGUCGACUCAUGUCAUUGGUUGAAAAAGUGAAUUACCUGAAGAAGAAGAUGGCCAACCUGCCAAAUGAGAAAAAAGACAGGAAACCCAGUACGUUACAGCAGUUGAUUUCAGAUACAAUGGUCCGCUGGGCUCAGGAGUCAGUUAUUGAGGAUCCAGAGCUGGUCAGAGCCAUGUUUGUCCUGUUGCACCGCCAGUAUGACGGCAUUGGAGGACAGGUGCGGGCUCUUCCGAAGACCUACACCAUAAACUCAGUAUCGAUCGAGGACACCAUCAACCUGUUGGCUGCUCUGGGUCAGAUAAGAUCUCUGCUGAGUGUCCGUAUGGGACGAGAGGAGGAGAAACUAAUGAUCAGAGGGCUGAGUGAUAUCAUGAACAACAAGGUGUUCUACCAACAUCCUAACCUGAUGAGAGCACUGGGGAUGCACGAGACUGUCAUGGAGGUCAUGGUCAAUGUACUCAGUGGAGGAGACUCCAAGGAAAUCACCUUUCCUAAAAUGGUGGCCAACUGUUGUAGAUUCCUCUGCUACUUCUGUCGAAUCAGCCGUCAGAACCAGAAAGCCAUGUUUGACCAUCUCAGCUACCUGCUUGAGAACAGCAGUGUUGGCCUUGCAUCUCCUUCCAUGCGAGGCUCUACUCCUCUGGAUGUGGCUGCAGCAUCAGUUAUGGAUAAUAAUGAACUGGCCCUGGCUUUAAGAGAGCCAGACCUGGAGAAGGUGGUGCAGUACCUGGCCGGCUGUGGGCUGCAGAGCUGUGUGAUGCUGGUGCGUAAAGGAUACCCUGACAUCGGCUGGAACCCUGUGGAGGGUGAACGCUAUCUCGACUUCCUGCGCUUUGCUGUCUUCUGCAAUGGUGAAAGUGUGGAAGAGAAUGCCAAUGUUGUGGUGCGGCUCCUGAUUCGCCGACCGGAAUGUUUUGGCCCUGCUCUUCGGGGUGAGGGUGGUGAUGGGUUGUUGGCAGCAAUGGAGGAAGCCAUUAAGAUCUCUCAGGAUCUCUCCAGAGAUGGUCCCUCUCCUACGUCUGAGAGCAGCAAGACACUCAGUGGCAUGCUGAAGGAAGAGGAAGAUGAUACCAUCCACAUGGGGAAUGCCAUCAUGACUUUCUAUGCUGCUCUCAUUGACCUGCUGGGCCGCUGUGCUCCAGAGAUGCACUUGAUCCAUGCUGGUAAAGGUGAAGCGAUCCGUAUCAGAGCCAUUCUGAGGUCUCUGAUUCCUAUUGAAGACCUGGUGGGAGUCAUCAGCAUUCCAUUCUCAAUGCCCAAUCUGGCUAAAGAUGGGUUAGUGGUGGAGCCAGACAUGUCAGCUGGUUUCUGUCCGGACCAUAAAGCAGCCAUGGUCCUGUUCCUGGACCGAGUCUACGGCAUAGAAGACCAAACUUUUUUGUUACACCUGCUGGAGGUCGGCUUCUUACCAGACCUGAGAGCUGCUGCCUCUCUGGACACUGUUGCUCUCAGUGCCACCGACAUGGCACUUGCCCUCAACCGGUAUCUGUGUACAGCCGUGUUGCCUCUUCUGACUAAAUGUGCUCCACUGUUUGCGGGGACAGAGCCUUUCGCCUCACUGAUCGACUCUCUGCUCCACACGGUUUACCGCCUGUCCAAAGGCUGCUGCCUUACCAAAGCCCAGAGGGACGCCAUAGAGGAGUGUCUGCUGGCUGUUUGUGGUAAGCUGAGGCCUUCUAUGAUGCAGCAUCUGCUGAGGAGGCUGGUUUUUGACGUUCCUCUGCUUAAUGAACACACUAAGAUGCCCCUGAAGCUGCUGACCAAUCACUAUGAGCGUUGUUGGAAAUAUUACUGCCUGGCUGGAGGCUGGGGCAACUUUGGAGCUGCAUCAGAUGAGGAGCUUCAUCUGUCCAGGAAACUGUUCUGGGGGAUUUUUGAUGCUUUGUCUCACAAGCGGUAUGACCAGGAGCUGUUCAAGCUGGCAUUACCAUGUCUUAGUGCUGUGGCUGGAGCUCUUCCUCCAGACUACAUGGAGUCCAACUACAUGGCCAUGAUGGAGAAACAGUCGUCCAUGGACUCAGAGGGAAACUUCACUCCACAGCCUGCAGACACUGCCAAUGUGACUGUCCCAGAGAAACUGGACUAUUUCAUAGUCAGAUAUGCAGAGCAUAACCAUGAGAAGUGGUGUAUAGAAAAGUUUUCCAAUGGCUGGUCAUUUGGGGAACAGAUGUGUCAAAUCUCCAAAAGCCACCCUUUAUUGAAACCAUACAAGGGACUCUCUGAGAAGGAUAAGGAAGCAUAUUCCUGGCCAGUCAGGGAGUCUCUGAAGACCAUGCUUUCUUGGGGCUGGAGCAUUGAUAGGAUCAGAGAGGGAGACCCUGCCAGCCUCCACAACAAGUCCAGGAGGAUCUCACAGGCCAGCCAGCUGUCUUUUGAAGGAGCGCCAGCUUUCAGCCCCAGACCCAUCGAUAUGAGCAAUGUUACACUGUCUAGAGACAUGCAGUCAAUGGCAGAGCUGCUUGCAGAGAAUUAUCAUAAUAUCUGGGCCAGGAAAAAAAAAAUGGAGUUGGAAGCCAAAGGUGGAGGAAACCAUCCUUUGCUGGUUCCCUAUGAUACACUGACUGCCAAAGAGAAAUCCAAAGAUAGACAAAAAGCACAAGACAUCCUCAAGUUCCUCCAGAUCAAUGGUUACACCGUGUCUAGAGGUGUAAAGUCGCAGGAGCUGGACACUCCUGCUAUUGAGAAACGAUUUGCCUACACCUUCCUCCAGCAGCUCAUUACAUACGUAGACCAGGCACACCAACACAUGAUGGAGUUUGAUGUGGAAACGAGACCGACGGGGGAGAAGAUUCCUUAUGAACAGCAGAUUAAGUUUUUUGGAAAGGUCGUCUUGCCAUUGGUGGAUCAAUACUUUAAAAACCACAGGCUGUACUUCCUGUCCACAGCCAUCCAUCCAAUCAGCAGCGGUGGCCAUGCUUCCAACAAGGAGAAGGAGAUGGUGACCAGUCUUUUCUGCAAACUGGGAGUUCUUGUCAGACAUAGGAUAUCCUUAUUUGGUAACAAUGCCACAUCCAUAGUCAACUGUCUGCAAAUACUGGGACAAAGCCUAGAUGCCAGGACAGUGAUGAAGACUGGUCUAGAGUCAGUAAAGGCAGCACUGCGUUCGUACUUCGACAGUGCAGCAGAAGAUCUGGAGAAGACGCAAGAGAACCUGAAGCUUGGUCAGUUCACCCACAGCAGAGAGCAGCCGCGGGGUGUCACUCAGAUCAUCAACUACACUACAUUUGCCUUGCUGCCCGUCCUCUCCUCCCUGUUUGAGCACAUUGGACAGAACCUGUUUGGAGAAGACCUCAUAUUGGAUGAUGUCCAGGUCUCCUGUUACAGAAUCCUCAACAGCCUCUACUUUCUGGGAACCAACAAAAGCAUCUAUGUAGAGAGACAGCGUCCAGCAUUAGGAAAGUGUUUAGCUGCCUUCUCAGCAGCCUUCCCUGUUGCUUUCCUAGAGUGUCACAUCAACAAGUUCAACAGCUUCUCCAUCUACAACAGCAAAGGAGCUAAAAAGAGAGCAGCUCUAGGUCUUCCAGGGCAGGUUGGGGACGUUUGUCCUUUGAUCCCGAACUUAGAGAAGUCUUUGGAGGAGAUAAUGGAAUUGGCAGAGUCUGGCAUGAGAUACACUCAGAUGCCCCAUGUCAUGGAGGUAGUGUUGCCGAUGUUGUGCAGCUACAUGUCUCACUGGUGGGAACAUGGACCAGGAAGCAACCCAGACAAAGCUGACAGCUGCUGCACCUCUGUGACCUCUGAACACAUGAACACUCUGCUCGGUAACAUUCUCAAGAUCAUCUACAACAACCUGGGAAUAGAUGAAGGAGCCUGGAUGAAAAGACUAGCUGUCUUCUCUCAGCCAAUCAUCAGCAAAGCCAAAGCCCAGUUGCUCAAGACCCACUUCUUGCCUCUGAUGGAGAAACUCAAAAAAAAAGCAGCAGUUGUGCUGAUGGAUGAGGAACACAGCAAGGCGGAGGGGAGGGGUGAGAUGUCAGAGACUGAGCUUCUCAUCAUGGACCAGUUCACCAUACUGGUCAGAGACCUGUAUGCCUUCUACCCUCUCCUCAUACGAUUUGUUGACUACAACAGGGCCAGAUGGCUGAAAGAGUCCAGUCCAGAGGCUGAGGAUCUGUUCCGCAUGGUGGCCGAGGUUUUCAUCUUCUGGGCCAAGUCUCAUAACUUCAAGAGAGAAGAACAGAACUUUGUGGUCCAGAAUGAAAUCAACAACAUGUCAUUCCUCAUCACUGACACCAAGUGUAAAAUGUCAAAGGGAAUAGUUUCAGACCAGGAGAGGAAGAAGAUGAAGAGGAAGGGAGAUCGAUACUCGAUGCAGACAAGUCUUAUUGUUGCCACUCUGAAGCGCCUGCUGCCUGUUGGACUCAACAUCUGUGCCCCCGGAGAACAAGAGCUCAUUGCUCUAGCUAAGAACCGCUUCACCCAGAAAGAUACAGAGGAUGAAGUUCGAGAGAUCAUCAGAAACAAUCUCCAUUUACAAGGAAAGCUGGAGGACCCAGCUAUUCGUUGGCAAAUGGCUCUGUACAAAGACCUCCCAAACCACUGUGAGGACACUUCUGAUCCAGAAAAGACUGUAGAGAGAGUCCUGGAUAUCGCUCAUGUCCUCUUCCACCUAGACCAGGUUGAACAUCCUCAGCGCAGUAAGAAGGCUGUGUGGCACAAACUGCUGUCCAAACAGAGGAAGAGAGCAGUGGUUGCUUGCUUCAGGAUGGCGCCACUCUAUAACCUACCAAGGCACCGGGCUGUCAACUUGUUCCUGCAGGGCUAUGAGAAGUCCUGGAUUGAGGCAGAGGAACACUACUUUGAAGAUAAACUCAUAGAGGACCUUGCUAAACCAGGUGAACAGGAGCCAUCUGAUGAAGAGGAGGGGGUGAAACACAUUGAUCCACUGCAUCAGCUCAUUCAGCUGUUCAGCAGAACAGCCCUCACAGAGAAGUGUAAACUGGAUGAGGAUAAUCUCUACAUGGCCUAUGCUGACAUCAUGGCUAAGAGUUGCCAUGAUGAAGAGGAUGAGGAUGGAGAGGAAGUGAAGAGUUUUGAAGAGAAAGAGAUGGAGAAGCAAAAGCUGUUGUAUCAACAGGCUCGAUUACAUGACCGUGGAGCUGCUGAGAUGGUGCUUCAAACCAUCAGUGCUUGCAAAGGUGAGAUGGGUCCCAUGGUGGCCUCUACUCUGAAAUUGGGCAUCGCUAUUCUCAAUGGAGGAAACUCUACUGUACAGCAGAAAAUGUUGGAUUAUCUGAAAGACAAGAAGGAUGUGGGAUUUUUUCAGAGUCUGGCUGGUCUGAUGCAGUCAUGCAGUGUUCUGGAUCUAAAUGCAUUUGAGAGGCAGAACAAAGCAGAAGGACUGGGAAUGGUGACAGAGGAGGGAUCAGUCAUCACUCAUGAGCGUGGUGAGAAGGUCAUGCAGGAUGAUGAGUUCACCUGUGACCUUUUCCGCUUCCUGCAGCUGCUCUGUGAGGGACACAACUCAGACUUCCAGAACUACUUGAGGACGCAAACAGGGAACAAUACAACCGUUAACAUCAUUAUCUCUACUGUUGACUAUCUCCUCAGAGUACAGGAGUCUAUCAGUGAUUUCUACUGGUAUUAUUCUGGGAAAGAUGUUAUUGAUGAACAGGGCCAGAGGAAUUUCUCCAAAGCAAUAAAUGUUGCCAAGCAGGUUUUCAAUACACUCACAGAGUACAUCCAGGGUCCAUGUACUGGCAACCAGCAGAGUUUGGCCCAUAGUCGAUUGUGGGACGCUGUGGUGGGGUUUCUACAUGUCUUCGCUCAUAUGCAAAUGAAACUGUCUCAGGACUCCAGUCAGAUUGAGUUACUGAAGGAAUUGAUGGAUCUGCAGAAGGAUAUGGUGGUCAUGCUGCUGUCUAUGCUAGAGGGUAAUGUGGUGAAUGGGACCAUUGGGAAGCAGAUGGUGGACAUGCUAGUGGAGUCUUCCAACAACGUUGAGAUGAUCCUCAAGUUCUUUGACAUGUUCCUCAAACUGAAAGACCUGACCUCCUCAGACGCCUUCAAGGAGUAUGACCCUGACGGAAAAGGUGUCAUCUCCAAGAGAGACUUCCAUAAGGCCAUGGAGAGCCACAAACACUACACCCAGUCUGAGACAGAGUUCCUGCUCUCCUGUGCCGAGACUGAUGAGAAUGAACUCCUGGACUAUGAGGAAUUUGUGGAGCGUUUUCAUGAGCCAGCCAAGGACAUUGGCUUCAAUGUGGCAGUUUUGCUGACCAACCUGUCGGAGCACAUGCCUCAUGACACCCGGCUGCAGACCUUCCUGGAGCUCGCAGAGAGUGUCCUCAACUACUUCCAACCCUAUCUGGGCCGUAUAGAGAUCAUGGGCAGCGCCAAGCGCAUUGAGAGGGUCUACUUUGAGAUCAGCGAGUCCAGUCGAACACAGUGGGAGAAACCUCAGGUCAAAGAAUCCAAGCGUCAGUUCAUCUUUGAUGUGGUGAAUGAGGGAGGGGAGAAGGAAAAGAUGGAGCUGUUUGUGAAUUUCUGCGAGGACACCAUCUUUGAAAUGCAGCUGGCGGCUAAGAUGUCUGAUGCUGGUGAGCGAUCAGCAGUCAAAGAGGAGAGUGAGCGAGAGAAGCCAGACGAGGAAAGCGCUGAGAUGGGCUUCUUCUCUGUCACCACUGUCCGCAUGGCACUGUUAGCUCUGCAAUACAAUGUCAUGCUGCUCAUAAAGGUGCUGUCCAUGAAGAGUUUAAAGAAGCAGAUGAAGAAGAUAAAGAACAUGACAGUGAAGGACAUGGUGACCACCCUAGUGUCCUUCUAUUGGUCAGUAUUGCUGGGCCUUCUACACGUGGCAUUCAGUGUUGCCCGAGGAUUUUGCAGAAUAUUCUACAACACCUUCAUGGGAGGCAAUCUGGUGGAGGGGGCCAAGACCAUAAAGGUGUCAGAACUGCUGGCCAACAUGCCUGACCCCACCCAGGAUGAGGUGCGGGGUGAAGGAGAGGACAGAGAGAAAAGACCUUCUGACCGAAGCUCCCCAAAGGAGGACCUGGCUGACCUGGCUGUCAACACCAGUGAGACAGAGCUGCUGUCAGAUAUUUUUGGCCUAGACUUAAGAAGAGAGGGGGGACAGUACAAGAUCACACCACAUAACCCCAACGCCAGCCUGACUGAACUGCUCAGCUCCCCAGUUCCUUCCACAACCCCACCAACAGCAACCCCACCUGAGCUCAGACGGACACAUCAGUCGAAGAGCUUUUCCUCAGACGAGAAGGAAGCAACAACAGAGACAGAAUGUGAACCGGAGAAAACGUCAGAUGGUGGACAUGUAGAGAAACAAGAGAAACAACAGAAGAAUGAGAAGAUGAAGCCAAAAGUGAGAAGGCAUCACACAUCAAAGUCUGAUGAACCUGAUCUACAGGAGUCUGCCUUCUUGAAGAAGAUCAUAGCCUACCAGAGGAAACUACUGAACUACUUUGCCAGGAACUUCUACAACAUGAGGAUGCUGGCGCUGUUUGUUGCCUUUGCAAUCAACUUCAUCCUCCUAUUCUAUAAGGUUUCUACAUCCUCAUCUGUUGUUGAGGAAAGGGAAGUGGUGUACACCAGUAGCCAACCAGACAGCAGCGUUCAGUGGGAUCCACUGGGAGGAGAACCAAUGGAGACAAAGGAGGAGGUGAUGGGUGAGGCUAGGGAGCCCUUGAAGCCUGUCACAGUCCGUUUUGUCCUGGAGGAGAGCAGUGGUUACAUGGAGCCCAUGUUACGGAUCCUGGCCAUCCUGCACACUGUUAUCUCCUUCUUCUGCAUCAUCGGAUACUACUGUCUCAAGGUGCCACUAGUAAUCUUUAAGCGUGAGAAGGAGGUGGCCAGGAAGCUGGAAUUUGAUGGCCUUUACAUCACAGAACAACCAUCUGAGGAUGACAUCAAAGGACAAUGGGACAGACUAGUAAUCAACACACAAUCUUUCCCCAACAACUACUGGGAUAAGUUUGUGAAGAGAAAGGUGAUGGAUAAAUAUGGGGAGUUCUACGGUCACGACCGCAUCAGUGAGCUGCUGGGAAUGGAUAAGGCUGCUCUGGACUUCAGCGAUGCUCACAAAAAGAGAAAGCCAAGGAGAGACAGCUCACUGACUGCUGUGCUAAACUCCAUUGAUGUCAAGUACCAGAUCUGGAAGCUGGGGGUUGUAUUCACAGACAAUUCCUUCCUUUAUUUGGCAUGGUAUAUGACCAUGUCCAUCCUUGGUCACUAUAACAACUUCUUCUUUGCUGCCCAUCUGCUUGACAUUGCCAUGGGCUUCAAGACACUGCGUACCAUUUUGUCCUCAGUCACACACAAUGGCAAACAGCUGGUGUUAACAGUUGGCCUGUUAGCAGUGGUAGUGUACCUCUACACAGUAGUGGCCUUCAACUUCUUCAGGAAGUUCUACAACAAGGGUGAAGAUGGAGAGCUGCCAGACAUGAAGUGUGAUGACAUGUUGACAUGCUACAUGUUCCACAUGUAUGUAGGUGUGAGAGCCGGUGGAGGGAUUGGUGAUCAGAUUGAGGACCCAGCAGGUGAUGAGUAUGAGAUCUAUCGCAUAAUCUUUGACAUCACCUUCUUCUUCUUCGUCAUUGUAAUCCUCUUGGCCAUCAUCCAGGGGUUAAUCAUCGAUGCCUUUGGAGAGCUGAGGGACCAGCAGGAACAAGUGAAAGAGGACAUGGAGACCAAAUGUUUUAUCUGUGGAAUAGGCAAUGACUACUUUGAUACAGUGCCACAUGGCUUUGAAACGCACACAUUACAGGAGCACAACUUAGCCAACUACCUAUUCUUUGUGAUGUAUCUCAUCAACAAAGAUGAAACAGAGCACACAGGCCAGGAGUCUUAUGUAUGGAAGAUGUACCAGGAGCGUUGCUGGGAGUUUUUUCCUGCUGGUGACUGUUUCCGGAAACAGUACGAGGAUCAGCUCAACUGAUCUUUUCUUGGAGUAACAGACUCUUCCUGUUCAUACUGUAACUUGUUCAAGGCCCUCUACAGCCACCUUUCUCUUUCCUUAUCCAUCAAACCUUUCUUACUGCUCUCUAAGGAGUGCCAGUUCUACCGAACGAUGGGUUCAACACUCAGCUUCAUUUCCCAGUCCAAGAGGAACUACAUCCUUUUCAGGCCCCAUCCUAAGCCUUCCUCCCAGCUUUUCCUCACCCAGACAUUCACCUCAGCCCCAACUUCCAGCACACUUUGUUUGGAAUGCUUCUGAGAUUUUGUACAUAGAAAAUAUCAGAUUAUAUGCUAUAAAAUAUGUGACUGGUGGCACAUCAAGGUGUUUGGCUCAGAUGACGACUUCUUUGCUUCAUCUAUUCUAUUCACAGUAAAAAGCAAAAAAUACAAAGUAAUAAUGGAGCAAGGGAAAAAAGAAGGCGUGUCAGAGGAGAGUGGAAGAAAUCUAAAGAGAGAAUUCCUACUGAAGGACUUUCAGGACAAUGAUCAAUACACAAAGAGCAGACAUUAAUAUGAUGACAUUUACGACUUUUCAUGUGUACAUUGCACGUUGCAUGUAGGUAUAGGGGGUGGACACACAAAAGAAACACCUCUACAACCCUGUUGUAAUCCAACACAACAGCUCUGCAAUGAAUGUGACCCUUGAGAAGCUUACAUCGUCACCUUUUGAUAAUACCGUCAAAGAGGUUGUAAUUUGGUUAAACUCUAGGGAAACCUUUUAGUUUGUGGCAACUUUUUAGUUUGUGGUACAUGUCAAGUGGAAAGAUACAAGGCGCCUCAACAUAAUAAUCGAAUCCAAUUCCAGACACACCACCAAACUACAGUCUCUACUAUUACCACAGAGCUGAAUCAACACCUCUAUGUGACUUUCAACAAAAACUGAACAUCCUGAUCUUCACGAAUAGGGCUGUUGAACUGGAUUAAAUUAAAGUAUAGUUUACAGAUGUUAACAUUGUGUCCAUGCCCUGUACAUGCCAACACGGUGUGUGAAGGGCUCCUUAACUAAGUGUUCACAUUGCUAGUAUCAUGAUCAAGAGUCCAUUUUGUUCCAGUGGAGCUGAGUGAUCUGGAAACUCAGCCAAAGUAUGUAAAAUGUAAAAUUAACAAGUCAAAAUCCUCCAUCAGCUUGUGAGUUAUCUACAUCUUUCAUCUUUUAAUUUUUUUAAAGACUGUAGAAAUUAAUAUAGGUCCCUAAAACUAUGCUUGCAAAACAGUUAGAUCUAUUAUUGACAUAUUUUUGUAACUGAUUUUUUCCCCCCUUUUUAUUUCAUCUUUUGCCCCAGUAGCAGCAUGGCCUUAGGAUAUCUUUUUGUCUUGCCAACACUCCAAACUGACCUAACGUCACCAUGCACACAAACAUAAAAUGUUUAGCCCCACUACCGGUCAAGGCUCUAACAAUAGCUUAAUAGUCAGCGUGUCUCCAGGUGUCACUAGUGGGGUUUUUAGGUCUUUUUUCAAUUAGCUACUUAAUGAUGGCUUUUUCAUCAAAUUAUUUUUUAUGAAAAGCAAUACCAAUUCACCAAAAAAGUGCAAGCUGCUUAGCUAAAUGAAUAUUCAGCCACUCAGAUUGGAGCAUCCUAUCAGUCAUGUUUCCUCCAGUGAGAAUGCACAGCAAGGCCAGGCUAAAGACAGAUGAUCAAUGUAUGGAUGAAAGCAGAGGGAGGAGAAACAGGAAGAUACAGUGCCUUACUUAGCCAAGGGUGAGCUAUGCAAGCAGGAGGCAGAGAGAGUAAUAUCACAGAGCUUAUCAUAAAUAUAAUGUAAAGACUGAGGAUAACCCCGUAGAGCUGGGUGAUGGGGUGUUUAUGAAAGACAGAAACAUGCCGUGUGGCUUUACUUUACUUUACUUUACUUUACUUUACUUUACAGGAAAGUAGAAAUAGAGAAAGAGAUGGAAUAAGAGUGCAAAUAGGGGCGUUAGAAUUUUAAAAAAAAUGAAUUAAAUUUGAUUUAAUUAACUCUAAUACAGUACUGUCAGAUGCACAUUAAAUUGUCUUGUAAUGUUAUAAUGUUUACAAUGUGGGAAAUCAAAAUUAAUUUUGAAGUGGCAGCAGCAAAUAAGGUCACACUUGAUCUUGACUGAGAAUUGAUGCACAACAGCAGAUGUCAGUGGAGUGUGUCACUAGUGUUAGCGUUGUAAUAAGAGAGGAACCUCCACUCUCCUUAUACAUUGUGCUAUUCAUUAAGUGCAGAUGGCUUCCUCUUUUUGACAAAAACAUUCAGUUCUUUGGAGUGGCUCUCUAUAUACACUCAAUUGCACUCAUUCUGUUCCUUUAUUAGGUCCACCUGAGUAAAACUAAUGCAGUCGAAAACAGUUGUAAGAAAGACUCCCUUAAUGGUUUUAGGGGUCAACCACACAUACACUUGUUUGCUACUUUGGCGACCUCACCAGUCAAUAUUUACCAAUGCUGAACUCCACGCAAAGCUGAAAUGUGACCCUGCUUUGCCACAAGAAGGUUUUAUUUGCCCAUUUGCAUGCAUAGAAUGGAAGUGAACGGAAGGUGAAUAUUCGCUUGUUAUGAUUUCACUAAUGUGUGACUGUGCUCUUAUACUGAGAUUUUUCUAAUAUUUAAUCAACCUGUAUUAAUAUAAAUGGGGUGGACAAAAUAAUAGAAACACAUUUAUUAUUAAUAUUGUAACAAACAAUAGCCUAUAUUUACUACGGGGUUGUUUGAUUAGACCGCAUUAGUUUUAGCUAGGUGGACCCAAUAACCUGGCAACUGUAACUAUGUUGCAAUACUUUUUUAGUCUACUGCAGAACAAGCUACGUGUGCAUGAUGUUUUGAUGUUUUCUCAAAUAGUCUCAGUGUGUCAUGACACAUGACGCUUCCAUACCACCAACGUUAAAGAUGGAUUCAUCUUUAAUUAAUUUUAGCUUUGUUUUAGGAAACACUCUUCUACCCAAUGCUGUAUAAAUUCUGUCUCGUGCAAUAUCGGAGUCAACAUCGAGACAGAAAUCCAUCAUCUAUGUCAAUAUGUUGGUUAUUAUGCUAAUUUUUUUCUAUUUUCUAUUUUGAUGGUUCCACCUCCUACUGAAAAGCUAAAAUGUGGGAAGAAAAGUACAAACCUACCAUAAAAUACAUUUAAUGAUGUAAAGUUGGACCUUGUAGGUUUUGGAUCAGAAUCCACUGACAAGGGACGAAUGAAUGAUAAUAUAUGAAACAAAAUAGUAUGUUUAAAGCAUAAUUAUUAUUGUAGUAUAUAUAUAUAUAUAUGUAGGAAAUGUGUAAUGAUUGAAUUAUUGCUCAGAGCUCAUAAACGUUCAACAAACAUUUUCAAAUAAGUCUUGUUUAUCCGAGGCCUUUUGGAGAAUUAUUUAGUGAUGAUCUUAUACAUUACAACACAGUUAUUCUUUUUGUAGAACAUUCUCCAAAAACUCUACUCAGAGAAAAUAUACCAUUGCAUGUUUAUUAUGCAGGCUUAAUGAACAAGUAUAACAAAGACACUGAAUCUAUGUCACCCAUAAAUGGUUCAAUAGUAUUAUUUAAGAUGAAUUAAGAUUUCUGUAAUAUUGUAUCUAAGUGUUUUAGGCUUCAUUGUAACUCAAGUCUUUUGCCACAACUGCAUCCCUUUGAAAAAAAGAAAGUGGCUCCUGCUUUUCUCUCACGUAGUUAAAGGUUUGUAUAAGUAUUGUUUGGUUUUAAGCUCAAGCAAUAGCCCUUCAGGGAGUGUAAGUGAGGUAACUGACCAUUGUAAAUUGCAAACACAGGCAAAACUAAUAAAAGCUUGCCUAACUUUAUGUCAGAUUAAAAUACAAUUAUUUAUUAAUUUAUUAUCUAUCAAUUUCUUUUCUUUUCUUUAAUAAUGCUAAGGAAAUAAAACCACCAUUUCGUACGUGCAGGUUUGGCUGAACAUUGUCAAUCACUCUUCUGUUUCAGCUAUUAGCUUCCUAAACUGGUAGAAGUGGUCCUAUUUUGUAAAUGUGCUGACAAUGUAAUAAUUUCCAGUGCUCAACAUACACUCUGCAUUUGGUUCGGUUUCUCUAAAACCUAAGUGACCAUCAGUAAACCAUGUGAAAGGUGACUUGAGCGUCUGUAUUCAUGAAUUAGGAUGAUAUUUCUUAGAUCAGGAAGCUAUGAAUAUCCAAAGUGUUAAAUAUUUAUAAAUAUACAUAAAACUGUAAAAACAAGUAAAUAAUACAUUAUAAAAUAUUGAUAUGAAUAAUACAGAUAAAACAUAUGAUAUAACCAUUAAACUGUUAAAUAAUAUAUUUUUAAAUCUGACUAAUCUAAUUAUCAUGAAGUGUUAUUUAAUUCAGCCAGUUUUGUAAUUGGCAGACAAGAAGUUUUUGAAUAUUGCUAUUGUUAGCGUUUUGUUCAUGCUGCCACUAGAAAGCUGCUAAAGAGCUGUCUUUACUGUCUGCACCUUUAAUGUUGAGUGAAGACGCAUGAGCAGUUUACAUUUAGCACUGACCGUACAAGUAAGACAACACAGGAGGAUGUUACAGCUACAACCAGUGUGGGUGUUUUGUAUAUUACAGUGCGCUCAUUAUACCAUGCUGAUGUCAUACCUAUUUUUGUUUUGUUGUUUUUUUGCAAUACCACAGCAGACUGAAUAAUGUCAUUACUAAGUGGUGUUUUGCUCAUGCAAAAAUAUCUAAAUAUUUUCCAUAUUUACCACAAAGGGGCAUGUUUAGUUUUCCACACAGUAGUGCAUCAUCAUCAUCAAACUUUGUGAGUAAGCUAUUCCUACUUCUGAGAGAUAAAUGUGAAAAGAGGGACUGAGUCUAUGAGUAAUGAAUGGAUUUGCAUGAUUUUAAAAAUAAAACUUUAUUUAUUAAUA